AUGGCCAACACUCAAACAUUAAGGGAGCUGGCUGCCCCGGAGCUGACUCACCAGCCCUUAUGCAUCACAUUCCCCACUCUGGCUGAGAAUACUGCUUUCGAACUGAAGUCGGGGCUGAUUCACCUCUUACCUUCUUUCCAUGGUCUCUCUGGUGAAGAACCCCACAAGCACGUUAAGGAGUUCGAGGUGGUUUGCUCUAGUAUGAAACCUCCUGGGGUCACUAAAGAGCAAAUUAGACUGAGAGCCUUUCCGUUCUCUCUCAAGGAUGCAGCUAAAGAUUGGUUGUAUUACCUACCAGCAGGUAGCAUUACCACAUGGGCACAGUUGAAAAAGAAGUUUUUGGAGAAAUUCUUCCCUGCAUCCCGGGCUGCGAGUUUGAGAAAGGAAAUCUGCAGCAUUAAACAGUAUCCCGGGGAGUCCUUGUAUGACUAUUGGGAAAGGUUUAACAAGUUGUGCACUAGAUGCCCACAGCAUCAAAUUAGUGAACAACUGUUAAUCCAAUAUUUCUAUGAAGGACUCCAAUCAACUGAUAGGAGUAUCAUCGACGCUGCGAGUGGGGGAGCACUGGCAAAUAAGACCCCGAGGGAAGCAUGGCUGCUCAUUGAAGCUAUGGCAGAGAAUUCUCAACAGUUUGGCUUCCGUGAGAGUAACCCUACCCGCAGGGUUAAUGAGGUGGAGUCGACAUCUAUUCAGCAACAGUUGUCGGAGCUCACAUCCGUUGUUCGACAAUUAGCUGUGGGGAAUGUGCCCCAAGUAAAGGCCAGUGGAAUCUGUACAAAUAUGGGUCACCCUACUGACUCAUGCCCUAUAUUGCAAGAGAAUGGGGCGGAACAAGUGAACAUGGCCGGAGGCGUGCCCGCGCCUCAUAGGCAAUACGAUCCAUACUCCAACACGUACAAUCCGGGUUGGAGAGAUCAUCCCAAUUUCAGCUAUGGAAAUAGGCCACAAAAUGCAUUCUCCAAUCGUCCACCAGGAUUUCAGCAACCAUGGCAACCGAAACCGCAACCCUCAUCCUCCAACUCGGGAAGUUCCUUGGAGGAUAUUGUCAAGAGUCUGGCUACGACUACCGCCCAGCUCCAGCAAGAGACCAGGUCAUUGACCACAAAUAUGGCUCAACUCCAGCAAGAAACUAGAGCCUUAACCAUGAGCACCACUCAGUUCCAGCAGGACACAAAAGCAGGCAUGAAGGAUAUGGAGGCUCGAAUAAGCCAAAUGGCAACUGCUAUCAAUCGCUUGGAGUCCCACGCUUAUGGAAAGUUACCCUCACAACCUGAAGUAAAUCCCAGGAAUGUACCCAAGUACGCAAAGUUCUUGAAAGACUUGUGCGUUAACAAAAGAAAGCUAAGGGGUGAUGAAAGAGUGAUGGUGGGAGAGAAUGUAUCAGCUGUACUUCAAAGGAAACUCCCACCCAAAUGCGGAGAUCCAGAUGGCCGUCUUACGGCGCUCCAGGUUUUCGCCCGUAUUCAGGCAGAGAAUCAAGCGGCUUUCUAUGUUCAUAUUGGCUUCCAGCCGCCGCAUCCGCCGCCUCCUUAG